UAUGGAUCUUGGCAUUACGAUAGUGUGUUACGGCUCGAAUAGUAGAAAUUCCGAAAUAGAAGCAGUAAGAUUUUAUAAUGGAAGGAGGUGGAGUGCUUACUGCUGAACGUAGUCCUGCGCGUGCGAAUCUGCAUGUGGCAUUCAGUGAAAAGGGAGAAGUGAAGGAACGUCGUGAGAAAUUCUUGACAGCUAAAUAUGGUUCUCAUCAGAUGUCCCUCAUUCGCAAAAGACUUGCGGUGGAAAUGUGGUUGUUUGAUGAACUAGAGAAAUUAUACGAGUCAGUAAAUGAUAGCGGUAAAAAUCGAGAAGUUGAAAUCGAUAUCGAUGAACUUCUCGACAUGGAUAGCGAUGAUCACAGACGGAGAUUUUUACAAGAAUUACUGGUUGACACGAAAAAACCACCACAUGAUGUAAAUAAAUUCAUUAAUGAUUUACUCGAAAAAGCUAAAACACUUUGAAGAACUUUCACGUUCUUCUUAACACUCGCGUGUUUCCAAGGACAUUUUUGAAGCAUUAACAAAUUUGCUCAGAUUUGGAACGAGUCAAAGACAUAUUCAAGCCUUAACGAGUUGCACGAGCAUGCAACUCAAAUGCCAAUUUAUCAUUACUUGGAUAGAACACAAUGGGGAAAACAUCAAAUGACUCUGCACAUUUUUAUUCUAGCGUGUAUUAUUUCAUAUUGAAAUCGUAAGCAUUAGUGUCUGACUUAUCUCAGUACAACGGCUAACCUUGUUAGUUAUUUGUGUGCGCAUCGCAUAUCAAGUAAUGAACCUCACAGUACACAAACUGCCUUGCUCUACGAUCCAUCCAAUGUGAUGUAUAGUGGAAAAGUUUGUUCUUCUACACUCUAGUUUUGUACGCC